AGUUGAAGCUAAGAGAGCAGAUGAGAAUUGGGUACCUAUCGGUUGAUUUUUGCUAGGGAAAAGCGAAAAAACUGAUGCAAAAUGGAGGAUUUAUUCUCUCAAUUCUCUUCUCUUUUGAAAUUACACACAAAACAAUUUCGAAUUAACAAAAAAAACGAGUAUUUAGCAGCGCACAGGAGAGUGUGACAGAAAUUUGAAUUGGCAAAUGUCAAAGUCAAAUGGGUCAAAUGAAAUGUCACUAUACUUUGUUGGGCGCUUCCUUUUAUUCACCGUUGGAUCUAUUGAUGACCCUUCUAUCUUUGUCUAGCUCAUAGAAAAUCGGAACGGCUCUCCCAUAAUGCUGGCAGAAGAAUCCAUCGAUGAAUAAAAUUCACUUUUUCUAAACACCAUUGUUCGAAAGGUUUUCAUUGUAUCUGCUAGUUCUGCUCCAAUCAAAUCCAACGAAACCUGCGUUUGCCGUUCUAGUGCGAGAUCGCGUUGAACCGAACCUGGAAAAUCGUUUUACCCCAAUCACAGAACACCCCAAUAACGAUGUUUUCGAACACAGGGCCGAGUUCAGAAAUAACGCACAGGGUGCGAGUGCGAUUUUAUGGGUGUGUCUGAAUUGACAAUUGGCCAUUGGGCCCAUAGCACCGUCUAGCAUUUUUGAACAGCUAGGGCGUCGCACCGAUGUCACACUCACACUGGGUGUGUCAUUCCUGAACUCGCUCCUGAACACGCUUAAAGAGGAGACAGAUGACAAGAUACAACCACAGCACAACGUUGCACAAACCCUUCGUUUUUAUUCUCAACGGUGACUUCACCGAUAAGUUAGCUGUCUUUGUUUAGUGAAUGGAAAAUGACAAUGACGGCCAUAGAACGGUGGAUCCCUCGGUAAAAUUUGAUGGGAAUGAAAACGCAGAGAAAUUGUUUUGCUCAUUUUAACUUUUAAAUUGGCACUUCGUUUUUCGUUAAUUGAAUUGCCUUCAACCAUUUACACUUAAGAGAAUCGACCUGCUAUGUGAAUUACUGAAUUUUUGUAAAAUAUGAAAAGACCUAGAUUUCCAGAAAUUAGUUUCGGCAACAGUGGAAAUUGGACUUGACAGCAGACAGUGAAUCGACUAUGACAGUGACAGUUGACGAUUUGCAACUCUGCAAAUUGCAACAAUUAAUUAUUUUUCCUCUCGUAAUUAUUAAACAAAAAUAACAAAUUUACUACGUUUCUAUUAAGAUUUUUCGUUGUUCUCGUCAUUCCGGAAAAUUCCUUUGCCCCCACAGCGAUUCAGUUAUUCGGAACCAAUGAUAUGUAGCUCGUAGAAAACCCACUACUCCUCUAAGGGCUUUUUUAAAAAUUAUUGUGCAUAAGGACUUGAGCGGCCUGAGUGACACUUUUGGGGUGUAUCAACAUUUACGAUGGCAGAUCCAGACCCGGAAACCCUUCUAGAAUGGUUAAACAGCGGCAUAGGCGAAGAGAGGGACAUGCAACUAAUUGCUCUCGAGCAAUUGUGCAUGUUACUUUUGAUGUCCGACAAUGUAGACCGGUGUUUUGAAAGUUGUCCGCCUCGGACAUUUCUCCCGGCCCUAUGUCGAAUCUUUUUAGACGAACAUGCACCCGAAAAUGUACUAGAGGUCACUGCCCGUGCCGUCACCUACUACUUAGACGUAUCAGCUGAAUGCACUAGAAGAAUUGUCGCUAUCGAUGGCGCUAUUAAAGCUAUCUGCAAUCGUUUAGUUGUUGUUGAACUUUCUAGUAGGACAAGUAAAGAUUUAGCUGAACAAUGUGUCAAGGUUUUGGAAUUGAUAUGUACUAGAGAAGCUGGCUCAGUGUUCGAUGCCGCAGGUUUAAGUUGCAUCCUGCCUUUCAUACGCGAUAAUGGACAGUUGGUUCACAAAGACACCUUACACUCAGCUAUGGCUGUUGUUUCCAGGCUUUGUACCAAAAUGGAGCCAGCUGAUUUACAACUGCCUGGUUGUGUCCAAGCUUUAAGUGCAUUGCUUCAACAUGAAGACCUUCAUGUAGCUGAUGGGGCACUCCGUUGUUUUGCGUCAAUAGCAGAUCGUUUCACUAGGAGAGGUGUGGAUCCUGCUCCAUUAGCCCAACAUGGUUUGGUAAAAGAAUUAUUAAGUCGUCUAUCAAAUGCUGCCGGUCCAAGUUCAGUAGCUGGCACUCAAAAUACACCAGGCAAAAACACAACAUCCGGCAAUGUUGCUACAGUGGCAGUAACUGAUACUAAAGCUAAUGUUGCUUCUGUUUCAACUAUUAUAAGUCUUUUGUCUACUUUGUGUAGAGGAUCUCCUAUUAUUACACAUGAUCUGCUCCGUUCCGAAUUGUUAGAUGCAAUUGAAAAAGCCCUGAAAGGUGACGAACGUUGCGCCUUAGACUCGAUGCGUCUAGUAGACCUUUUGUUGGUUCUUCUAUUCGAAGGUAGAAAAGCUCUUGGAAAACCAGGAGCCUGCUCUUCGGGACAACUCAUGCCUCGCAUCAGACGAAUGGAUUCUGCUGCUGAAAAAUCACACAGGCAGCUCAUAGAUUGUAUCAGAUCUAAAGAUACUGAUGCCCUUAUAGAAGCCAUAGAAAAUGGCGGUAUUGAGGUGAAUUUCAUGGACGAUGUCGGCCAAACGCUCUUGAAUUGGGCCUCUGCUUUCGGGACCCAGGAAAUGGUUGAAUAUUUAUGCGAAAAGGGAGCUGAUGUUAACAAGGGGCAAAGAUCUUCUUCCUUGCAUUAUGCUGCUUGCUUUGGCAGGCCCACAAUAGCUAAAGUUUUGUUGAGACACGGGGCCAAUCCAGAUUUGCGCGAUGAAGAUGGGAAAACACCUUUGGAUAAGGCUAGGGAACGUGCAGACGAAGGACAUAGGGAAGUAGCUGCCAUAUUGCAAUCACCAGGUGAAUGGAUGGUAUCCCUUGACAAGGACAGAGCGCGUAAAUCUGAAUCAGACUCUGAAGAAAAUUUAGAACCAAAAGGAGAUCCUGAAAUGGCACCAGUCUAUCUACAACGAUUACUGCCAAUAUUUUGCAGCACAUUCCAACAGACAAUGUUGCCAAGCGUCCGGAAAGCUAGUUUGGGGCUCAUUAAAAAAAUGAUUCACUACAUCCAAUCUAAUUUGUUGCAAGAUUUGUGCUUUAUAGAAUUGAAUCCCACUUUUCCCAUCCAAUUGGUCGAGGUUAUUGCUAUUGUGCUCGAUAAUGAGGAGGAUGAAGAAAGUCACUCAAUAGCUUUGGCUAUUAUUCAAGAUCUGAUGGUUAAAAAUCAAAAAAUAUUUUUGGAUCAUUUUGCUCGGCUAGGGAUUUUUACUAAGGUACAGGCUUUGGCCGUGCCACCUGAACAAAAUGAAGCUGAGGAAGCUGAAGCAACACCAGAAGAAGGUGCUGAGCAACCUCAAGUAGAAGAUGCAAAAGAAAUUCUCCCAGGUAAAGCCUAUCAUUGGAGGGAUUGGUCUAUAUGCAGAGGCAGAGAUUGUUUGUAUUUGUGGAGCGAUGCUGCUGCUUUGGAGUUGUCCAACGGUUCUAAUGGUUGGUUUCGAUUCAUCUUGGAUGGCAAGUUGGCUACAAUGUAUUCGAGUGGAUCACCCGAAGGAGGUGCUGAUACCACAGGAAAGGCUCGAGCAGCGGACUCUUUAACCACUGAAGAAAAUCGCGGUGAAUUCUUAGAAAAGCUCCUCAGAGCACGUGCAGCAGUGAGAAUCACCACAUCGAUUCCGAUUCUGUCAAAACCUGGUUCUAACAGGCUCGUUGUAGGAAAUUGGUCUUUAAUUUCAAAAAGAGAGGCCGAAGUACAUAUUCAUAAUUGUGACGGCCAUCAACAAACCACCAUCUUGAGAGACGACCUUCCUGGAUUUAUUUUUGAAUCUAACCGAGGCACCAAACAUUCGUUUAUUGCUGAAACUAGCCUUGGGGCAGAAUUUGCUUCAGGUUGGACCAACAAAAAAGGCAAACGUUUCCGAUCAAAAACCGAAGCGACAAAAACAAAAGUCAAAUAUCUCGCCCAUCGGCUCUAUGAACAAUAUUUUAGAGCAGCACAAGCUCAACCUAGAGGCGUAGUAGCUCAAUUAGGAAAUAUUGUGGCACAAAUCGAAAGAGCUUGCCAAAAACAAGGCUCUUACGGCAAUAAUAGAGAGGGUACAAAUUCUUGGAAGGAAAUGCUUGUAUAUGCUUUGGAUGCUUUAACGCAAAUCCUUAAAGAUGACGAUGUAGUCAGUGCUUAUGAAUUAUAUAGUUCUGGAUUGGUUCAGGCUUUGUUGAAUCUUUUAUCUGUUAGUUAUUGGGAUCAAGGUUUAAAACAAAGCAAAGUCAACAAAUACCAAAAACAACGCAUACAAAUCUUUAAAGAUUGUUUCAAAAUGAAAACACUAACUGAAAAUAAUUCAAUUUCAAUCCUAGUACAGAAACUGAUAGCUGUUUUAGAAAGCAUUGAAAAAUUGCCAGUUUACCUGUAUGAUACUCCAGGGUCCGGUUAUGGGCUUCAAGUUUUGACUAGAAGAUUACGGUUUAGACUUGAAAGAGCUCCAGGAGAAAGCACAUUGAUUGAUAGAAGCGGUAGAGGAUUAAAAAUGGAGCCCCUUGCCACUAUAUCGCAAUUGGAAAAAUAUUUAUUGAAAAUGGUCGCCAAGCAAUGGUACGACUACGAUAGAUCCACUUUUCAGUAUUUAAGAAAGCUCAAAGACCCUAAAUAUCAAACAUUUAAACAUUCUCAAGACUUUGACGAAAACGGUGUCAUUUACUUUAUUGGCACCAACGGAAAAACCAGUUCCGAAUGGGUAAAUCCAGCCCAGUAUGGCCUGGUAACCAUCACAAGCUCGGACGGUAGAAAUUUACCCUACGGCCGCUUAGAAGACAUCCUGUCACGUGAAAAUUCGGCUUUGAAUUGUCACACAAACGACGAUAAGAGAGCAUGGUUCAGUAUCGAUUUGGGACUGUUCAUUAUUCCAUCAGCUUAUACUUUGAGACAUGCGAGAGGAUAUGGACGUUCGGCUUUGAGGAACUGGUAUUUCCAAAUGUCGAAAGAUGGCAUGCUUUGGACUACUUUUUGUACGCACACUCAUGAUAUGUCGUUGAAUGAACCGGGAUCUACUGCCACUUGGCCUGUUGAAGCACCUCAAGAUGAACAAGGUUGGCGUCAUGUACGCAUCCAACAAGCAGGCAAAAAUGCCUCUGGUCAAACCAACUACCUAAGUCUAUCUGGUUUCGAGAUUUACGGUCAAGUGAUCAGCAUAUGUGAAGAUUUAGGAAAAGUCCACAAAGAGCAAGAAGCCCAAUUAAGAAAGCAAAGAAGACUGGUUAAAAUGCAGCUGCUCAGAUAUAUGACAGUUGGCGCUAGAGUGAUACGAGGUGUUGAUUGGAAAUGGCGGGAUCAGGAUGGAAAUCCAGCUGGAGAAGGUACUGUAACUGGUGAGCUCCAUUCCGGCUGGAUCGACGUUACAUGGGACCAUGGAGGUUCAAAUUCCUACCGCAUGGGUGCCGAAGGCAAGUACGACCUGAAAUUAUCACCAAGUUUCGACGUUGAAUCUCUGAACAAACCCAGUCAAACUGGCUCAAGCAAAACGAAAAAAGACGAAAAACAAAGCGUACUCACUAGCAGAAAAAGCAGCUCGACUCCAAGUUUACCGGAAGUGACCGAAAUUAAGUCUUCAGUGGCUUCAACUGAUCAGGCUGCUUCUGCCGACAAUUUGGCAGCUAAGCAAGCAGCUGAGACCAUCGCAGAAAGUGUCCUGACAGGUGCCAGAAAUGAAGCUUUAGUAGCAGUUACUUCAGAAUCUCAAGCCGCAAGCACCGAAAGUGAACUAUCAGUUAUAGUCCAUCCUCUACGAGAUCCACACAACGAUUUAUCAGCAAUAAACAACAGCAGCGAUUUAGCAACCAUCGUGGAAAGUCUAAGUUUGUCAGACAACAGCAAACUGAUGCCCGCCAAAAGGCAAAACAGCGACGAACCGUUGGACAGUCAACACAAAGACUUGGCUCAGAAGUUUCCUAAAUCGAACCGGGCCUCGAAAAUUAGUAAUGCCCAAGCUGCAGCUGCUCAAAGCUUCGUGGACGCUGUGGAAGUAUUGGAUCGUAUCCGUGAAGGCUCUGAUGUUUUAAGAAACAACACUAACAACUUUUUAUCUGCUGAAUUCCUGCAAACCGCUUUAAGCUUUAGUCAAUCGAAUCAGCAAACUAUUAACAACUUAUCGAGUCUAGGAGGCGCUGGCGUAAUGAUUUCUGUAAAAUCAGAAGCCAGCGGUAGCAAUAGUGAAGAGCAAGGAAAGAAAGACGAUGGCGAAGAAGGCGCUAGCAAAAGUAGCGCUUUAAGCUGUAGUGAUAACGAAGAAGCUGUUAAUAAUGCAAAUAAUGCUAAAAAUAAUUCAAAUAUAGUCACCAACCCAAUGAGUGUUAGUGUACCAAAUCUCACCAGCGCCGAAGAGAAUAGUCAAAUUGAAACUACUACAACUGCAGUUUUAAACUUCGCAGGAUUAUUAGAAACCUUUGCGGCUCUGGCACGCAGAAGACUAGAAGGCGGUAGUGUAGUAGGCAGUGCACACUCUACAGGUAGAAACAGUAACUCCAACAAUUCCCAGCAAAUGUCCAAUGCACAAGCGCAAAACAAUCAAAACGCUGCCGCUUCAGCCGGGUGUAUUUUUCCUAGAGCUCCCAAUUCGGUUUCUAGUUUAGUACGUUUGGCUCUAUCUAGUAAUUUUCCAAGCGGAUUAUUGAGUACUGCUCAGAGUUAUCCUAGUUUGUCGUCUAGUAAUAAUACUAGGGGGCAGCAGGGGAGUAUAUCAACAACUGCAGGUGCAGUCCAAGGUCUAAGUCAGGCUUUGACAAUGAGUUUAACGUCUACUAGCAGCGAUAGUGAGCAAGUUUCUUUGGAAGAUUUCUUAGAAUCCUGCCGUGCCCCCACUUUGUUGGCUGAAUUGGACGAUGACGAAGAAAUUGGUGAUAAUGAGGACGAAAACGAUGACGACGAGAAUGAAGAUGAUGCAGAUUAUGAAGAGGUUAUGGUCUCGAGAAAUUUACUAAGUUUCAUGGAAGAAGAAGGUUUUGAUCCGCUCCAGAAUACCAAAAGAAGAUCCUGGGAUGAUGAGUAUGUGGUAAAAAGGCAAUUUAGUGCCCUAAUUCCUGCCUUUGAUCCUCGACCUGGAAGAACCAAUAUUAAUCAGACUAGCGAUCUUGAUAUUCCUGCACCAGGUCAAGAAGAGAGUGCUCCAUCUUCAAAUCACGAAUUUUUGCCGCAACCCAAAAUACAGCUGGUUCUCAAGGGACCCAACAUGCCAGGAAUAAAUGACGUUGAAAUUGAACUGAACGACUCUCCGUGGACAAUAUUUAAAGCUGUCCAGGAACUGAUGCAAUUGGCAGAGUUCCCAUCGAAACAGGAAAAAUUAAGGAGAUUGUGGGAACCUACUUAUGUGAUUGUCUACAAGGAAAUCAAAGACGAUUCAGAAGGCCAUGCCACUCCUGUAGCUUUACUGCACAGCAGAACGAGCUCGAUAGCGGGAAAUUCUCUAUCUCCGUCUACACCAGUUCCAGGCACUCCUUCUGUAUCCAGUUGUACGGUAGAAGAUGUUUUGCAGCUCCUGAGACAUUUGUUUGUCAUUACUACAUCAAGCAAUGACAAAACCGAUUUGAGGACUCUGGAUAAUGCUGAAUUGAAACAGGAGCUGUAUUUUAGCAAGAAAAUCACCAAUAAACUUUUACAGCAAAUACAAGAUCCACUAGUACUCUCUAGUGCCAGUUUGCCCGCUUGGUGCGAAGAACUAAACCACUCCUGCCCCUUUUUAUUCCCCUUCGAAACUCGCCAAUUAUACUUCAAUUGUACAGCUUUCGGAGCAUCUAGAAGUAUAGUUUGGCUCCAAACCCAACGGGACGUCACUAUAGAACGUCAAAGAACACCCGGUUUAUCUCCCAGAAGAGACGAUCCCCAUCACGAAUUUCGCGUUGGCAGGCUGAAACACGAAAGAGUCAAAGUGCCGAGGGGCGAAGAGUUGCUCGAGUGGGCCGUGCAAGUGAUGAAAGUUCACUCGGAGAAAAAGUCAGUUUUGGAAGUUGAGUUUGUAGGCGAAGAAGGUACGGGAUUGGGACCUACGUUGGAGUUUUACGCUUUAGUUGCUGCCGAGUUGCAAAGGCGCGAUUUGUGUAUGUGGAUCUGUGAUGACUUAUUAAAUAAUGAAGCUCAUAGUAUUGAUUUAACCAGUGAUAAUGCGAAACCGCCAAAUUAUUAUGUGAGAAGAAUUUCUGGAUUGUUUUUGGCGCCUUUGCCUCAAAAUUCUGAAGUCUGUGAUAAGGCUGUUAAGUACUUUUGGUUCCUUGGUGUGUUUUUAGCAAAAGUUUUACAAGAUAAUAGACUAGUCGAUUUGCCUCUGAGUAAAGGCUUUUUGAAAUUGAUGUGCCACGGCGAGAUUUUGAAUACAGUAAACGAACGAAUUGGAUUUUCUAGUACUAAAAAAACUAUAGAAGAAGAUAUAAUGACUUCUAGUUAUAUUUCUGAGGAGAGCGAAAAGGAGUUAGAACUUGAUCCUCCUAAACUAUUUAUGGAAGAAAAGAAACCCUGGUAUUCGAAUAUACUUAACGAAGAUGAUUUGUAUGAUAUUGAUCCAGUUAGAGCCACUUUCCUCAAACAAAUUAGAGAAUUAGUUAAGCAAAAACAUAAAAUAAUGCAAGACCACUCUCUAUCGCCUGAAGCCAAAACUCAUCAAAUCCAAAACCUGUCUUUAAAUCACCCAUCAGGUCCGGUCUCCUUAUCAGAUUUAGCUUUAACAUUCACUUACCUACCAAGUUCAGAAAUUUACGGUUUUGAUAGUGUCAAUUUGAUACCCAACGGGGCCGAUAUUGAAGUGACAAUAGAAAAUGUUGAAGAAUAUGCGGAAUUGACUAUUAACUAUUGUUUAGAAGUUGGUUUGGCCAGACAACUGGAGGCGUUUAAUAAAGGAUUUUGCAGGGUAUUUCCUAUGGAAAAGUUGGCUGCAUUUAGUCCUGAUGAAGUUAAAAUGAUGCUGUGCGGUAAUCAGAAUCCUGAAUGGAGUAGAGAGGAUGUAUUGAAUUAUACUGAGCCAAAAUUAGGUUAUACUAAAGAGAGUCCUGGUUUCCAAAGGUUCGUCAACGUCCUAGUAAACAUGACAGCUGAAGAGCGUAAAGCCUUUCUUCAGUUUACAACUGGUUGCAGUUCAUUGCCACCAGGUGGCUUAGCAAAUUUGUAUCCACGACUGACUAUUGUACGUAAAGUGGACGCCGGUGAAGGUUCUUAUCCUUCUGUUAACACUUGCGUUCACUAUUUGAAACUGCCUGAUUAUUCUACAGAGGAGAUACUAAGAGAGAGACUGUUGGCAGCAACAAAAGAAAAAGGUUUCCAUUUGAAUUGAAUGAAGAAAAAAUUGGGAGUUUUUUUUUUAUGUUUGGUUAACUGUUUAAAUUUAUUUUAAUAACAAUUAAAAAUUCUUGUUGUUUCAAUAGACUAUUAGCAUUUCUUUUAAGUUCUGAUCUGAUAUAAGUGUUUGCUGGCUUAAAGAAAAGCAAUAAUUGAAAUGUUUUUUUGGUUCCUUUGAGAAAGUUAACUCACUCACUUACAGUCUUAUUCAGUAAAAUAUAAAGCGCCCUGUAUAGUUCUCUUUUAAUUGUUUUAGAAUGAUUUAUAUAAUUGGCUUGUAUAGGGGGUAAUAGGAUAUAUAUUAUAAAGUGAAUAUUUGAUCUUCUCUAGUAAAUUAUAAUAAAUAAAAUAAUCCCAUUGUAAAUUUCUAUCACACACAGUUCUCUAGGCACUGAUUUACACUAUUAGAAUUUUCUUCUUUUGUGAUUUUAGCAUGAAUAUUUGAAAAAAAAUACCUACAUAAUAAAUGUUUAUUAGGCGAAUUUUAAUCAGCUUUACAAGGUGUACACGGAAUAGAAUACUUAUUAAUUAUAUGUAUAGAUUGAUUUAU